ACAGCGUGUUGCAUCUGGGGCUGGGCGUGCAUUGCAUCGUGCUUUGAAUAGAUGUGCUGCAUGCUAUGAGGAGUUGGGCGUGCAUUGCAUCGUGCUCUUAAUGCGCAUGCAACAUGCAUGCUAGGAGUGCAUUAAACUAUGCAUGCAGUUUUGCAGCUGUGUGUGCAGUGCACGUUGUGUGCACGUUACGAUCUGUACAUAUGCAUACAGCAUGGUGCAUCUCGGCUGGGCUUGCAUGGAAUCACACACACAGCAUGCUGCACCCGUGGCUGUGCCCACCCCAAAUUGCAUUAAAUGCACACAGUGUGCUGCAUCUGGGAUUUGGCUUCCUUGUGAAUUAAGCAUGCAUUGAACUCUUGGUGUUUGAGGCUAAGCUUGCAUUACAUGGUGCACUAAAUCUGUAUGCAACAGGCUGGCUGUGCAUUAAAUAGCACAUUGGAUGUGCACAUAACUGCUGCAACCUGGGGCUAAGGAUGCAUUCAGUUGUGCAUUAAAUAACAACAUUGAGUGCACAUAACAUGCUGCACGUGCAGGCAGGCAUUUCAUAAUUGCUUUGUUGAAUAAUUGGUUAAAUCUCCAUGUAGCAUAUUGUAUUUGGGACCGGGCAGGCACUAAAUAGUGCAUGAGAGUGCACUAAGUGUGCGUGCAGUAUGCUGUACUUGAUGUUGUGCAUGCAUUAAGCAGUGCAUUAAAUAAAAGCAUGGCAUGCUGAAACCAAGGCCCUAGAAAGGAGAGAACGCAAUGCCAAAAGGAAGUGCUGCAGGACACAGCCAUGUACCUGGCCGCAGCUUUGGCUGGGCAAAGCUAAAGCCAUGCUGAAGUUGCUUUGCAUCCUGUUCCAGCUCACUCUGCGUGCUGUGGAGGAUGCUCAGGGCUCAGUGUGAGCUCCUGCAGCCCUCUGCUUGGGGGACCUGGGCACAGGAGGACUUUUGGGAUGCUGUUACCCAGUUCUGGUUCAAGAACUGGGUAGCAGGAGCUCAGAUCUGCUUUUGCAGAGCCAGUGGUUGGUUGCGUGAGAUGCUGCCAAGCGCUGGGGUGUACUACUUCCCAUGGGAAAUCAACAGCUCCAUUCCAGAAGGGGAAGCACUGAGGACAUUUGGCAGGCUAAGCUGCUAUGACCUGGCCCGAUCCGAAGCCACUCUCAGCACUCAGCAUGGCUCAGCCCAGCACCACGUCCACAUCGACACCACACUGGUGGAACCAUUUGAAGCCCAGCUGGGAUCUCUCUACAUGGUCCUGGGAGAGGCUGAACGCAGGGAAGGUGAGAGUCCUGUGAUAAAAGCCCGAAUAUUGACCUGUGUGGAAGGGAUGAACAUGCCUCUGCUGGAACAAGCCAUCCAGGAGCAGAGAAAGUACUUCCAGGAGAGGCAGCAGCAGAUGGAAUCUGGCAUGUCCUGACAGCAGCUCUGACCCCAGCCUGUGCUGGUCCCCACCACGGCCGUCUGGCAGCUGCCAUCUGUAGAAAACAUUUGGAAAGUGUAUUUAGAAGGUGGGUUUGAAACAUUGCUGCUUUUUGUCAUGGCAAAGAGAGAAGUCACUAAAUGGGAAAGUACAUGAAGAUUGAACCAGUACGUAAAUGUGGAGCUGCCAGUUUGUGCCAGUUGUCACCAUGGAAAAUGACUGGGAAGCAAAUUUGUUGUUUAAGAGAGUGGUUAAGGAAAAAGGGUGCUUGAGUUAACAGCAGUUCUUUUGUAAUGCAGGGCUUGGAGAGGUCAGUAAAAGGCAAAGUCUCUGAACCUCUAGUUAAACAUCUGCACACAUCCGCAUGUGCUGCCAACAUGCUGCAAAUGAGAGGUAAAGGGCAGCAGUGCAAAGUCUGUUAGCCCUGCAUGGCUACGGGUUCACGAGUGCAUGCGUUGGGUUGUGGUGACUCGGCUGCCACACAGGAGCAUUCGUGGAAAAACACUCAGGUCUGGACUGAACAGCAAAGGAACAAAGAGAGCAAGGAGCCUCUACUUCACUGGGACUGCCUCUUAGAGGGGUCAGGAGCCUGCAUCCAAGAUGCAUGGUUGACUUUUGCUCUAAAUUAAAUAUUUGCACUGCCCUGACAACCGUCACUUGACUUUCUUCCUUGACACAUCUAAGUUUAGGAGACCUUAAAUCAUUAUUUUUGGAAGCAUCUGAAGGUUUUGACUGAUAUUUUCCUAAAUAAAGACAGAAAGAGAA